UUUGUGAUUACGAGUUCUUGUUUCAAAAAGGAAUCAAUUGGAAUGGGACUGUGUGAUACUUUCUAGCUGCUGUUCCCGCAAGAACUGAGACAUUGUUAUCACAUCUGAAACGUUACUUUAUGUACUUAUUUUUUGUAAAUUUGACUUUUUUAAUUAAGAAUUUGGAGACGUUCCGAUUAAGAUUUGUUUAGGUAAAAUUACACACGAAUCUGGGUGAAGAGUGUCUUGAAAGUGGUUUUGAAAGGAUUUUUUAUUCUUUCAUAUUUCUCGUUUUGUACCAAUGGUGAGGAAACCACAGAACACGAGUGGGACUUUGAAUGAGCCCAACUCCGCAUCGAUUUUCUUUGGGAAGUUACUCAACUUUGAGAAGCUGAUUUGAUCUACUCAUAUUCUUAGCUUCUGGACCUUUUAGUCUUUAAUUGAACUGCAACUAGUUAUUAUUGCCUGUAUUACGAAAGUUGAAUCUACUUUUGGGAGAUUCCUCCUUGUAGAAUUUGUUUUAUUCAGUGUUUAUUUAUUUUUUAUUUUUAAAUACUUUUUAUUUUUUGCCACCGUGGAUACCAUGCUACAGAGUGUGCAGGAGAAGUGGACGGCGUAUCACUGGGGGAUAUGGGUUCUGAUGAGCGGAUUGCUGUGCUCUGCCGCGGUGAAUGGAUGUCCUCACAAAUGCAGUUGCUCUGGAUCUCAUGUGGAUUGCCAGGGUCAAGGCUUCAGGUCCGUGCCUAAAGGAAUACCUAGGAACGCGGAGCGUUUGGAUUUGGACAGGAAUAACAUCACCAGGAUCACUAAAGUGGACUUUUCUGGCAUCAAGAACCUGCGAGUUCUUCACCUAGAGGACAACCAGAUCACAGUGAUUGAGAGGGGGGCGUUCCAGGACCUCAAACAGCUAGAGAGACUGCGUCUGAACCGGAACAAGCUGCAGGUUCUCCCAGAGCUGCUGUUCCAGUCCACACCCAAGCUUGGCCGCCUAGACCUCAGUGAGAACCAGAUCCAGGCAGUUCCUCGUAAGGCUUUCCGUGGGAUCACAACUGUCAAAAACCUGCAACUGGACAGCAACCACAUCAGCUGUAUCGAAGAUGGAGCCUUCCGAGCCCUCCGCGAUCUGGAGAUACUCACCCUCAACAACAACAACAUCACCCUCAUCCCUCUGUCCAGCUUCAACCACAUGCCCAAGCUGCGGACUCUGCGUCUGCACUCUAACAAUCUGCACUGCGACUGCCACCUGUCCUGGUUGUCCGACUGGCUGCGGCAGAGGCGUGGCCUGGCCCCCUUCACCCAGUGCAUGGCCCCCGCCAGCAUGAGGGGCCUCAACAUCCCUGAUGUCCAGAAGAAAGACUUCACCUGCACAGGCCCAGCUCAUGCGGAGCCUCGUACCUGUAUUCCCCAGGCGUCAGUAUGUCCGGCCUCCUGCACCUGCAACAACAACAUCGUGGACUGUCGCCACAAGGGCCUGACGGAGAUCCCAGCCAACCUGCCCGAGGGCAUCGUAGAGAUUCGUCUCGAGCAGAACCUGAUCAAGAGCAUUCCUGCUGGAGCCUUCGUUCCAUACAAGAAACUCAAGAGGAUCGACCUGAGCAAGAAUCAUAUCUCUGAUAUUGCCGCCGAUGCCUUCACUGGCUUACGCUCCCUGACUUCACUGGUCCUGUACGGGAACAAGAUAGCUGAGAUUCCUAAGGGACUGUUUGAUGGGCUUGUCUCUCUUCAGCUACUGCUACUGAACGCUAACAAGAUCAACUGUCUGAGAGUGAACACCUUCCAGGACCUGCAGAGCCUCAACCUUCUGUCUCUGUAUGACAACAAGCUGCAGACCAUCAGCAAGGGCCUGUUCGCCCCGCUCCGCUCCAUCAAGACCCUCCACCUGGCUCAGAACCCUUUCAUGUGUGACUGCCAUCUGAAGUGGCUGGCUGACUAUCUGUUUGACAACCCCAUUGAGACCAGUGGAGCCCGCUGUAGCCACCCCCGCCGCCUGGCCAACAAACGCAUCAGCCAGGUCAAGGGCAAGAAGUUCCGCUGCACAGGUACAGAGGACUACCGUAGCAGACUGAGUGGGGAGUGUUUCCAGGACCUGGUGUGUCCAGAGAAGUGUCGCUGUGAGGGCACCGUGGUGGACUGCUCCAACCUCAAACUGACCAAACUGCCUCCACACCUCCCCGAGCACACCACAGACCUGCGCCUGAACGACAAUGAAAUCUCCAUCCUGGAGGCCGCGGGGACCUUUAAGAAGCUCCCCAACCUGAAGAAGAUUAACCUUAGCAACAACAAGCUGCGGGAUAUCCGUGAGGGGGCCUUUGACGGAGCUGGGGGGGUCCUGGAGGUUCUGCUGACUGGCAACAAGCUGCAGGCACUGCAGGGACGCAUGUUUAGAGGUCUCACUGGACUCAAGACACUGAUGCUGAGGAGUAACCAGAUAGGCUGUGUGGACAACACCACUUUCACAGGCCUGAGCUCUGUACGUCUGCUGUCCCUCUACGACAACCGGAUCUCCACCAUCGCCCAGGGAGCCUUCACUACGCUACACUCCCUCUCAACCAUUAACCUGCUGUCCAACCCCUAUGUGUGUGACUGCCACCUGGCCUGGCUGGGUCUGUGGCUGAAGAAGACCAGGGUUGUGAGUGGGAACCCUCGCUGCCAGAAACCUGCCUUCCUCAAGGAGAUCCCCAUCCAGGAUGUGGCUAACCCUGACUUUACCUGUGACGGCAUUGAGGAGAAUGUGUGUUUUCCGGUGUCUCGCUGCCCUGAGUUGUGCACAUGCUCAGACACGGUGGUGCGCUGCAGUAACCGGGGGCUGCGCACUCUGCCCAAAGGCAUCCCCAAGGACACCACUGAGCUAUACAUGGAAGGAAACCUUCUGAUGUCCAUCCCGAAAGAACUGUCCACUCUUAAGCAACUAUCUCUUGUAGACUUAAGCAACAACAGCAUCAGCACUGUGGCCUCCAUGUCCUUCAGCAACAUGACUCAGCUCGCCACUCUGAUCCUGAGUUACAACCAGAUUCGCUGUAUCCAAGUACACGCAUUUGAUGGGCUUAAAUCUCUGCGUCUCCUGACGCUCCACGGAAACGACCUUUCAACUAUACCAGAGGGAGCCUUCAACCAUUUGACAUCUCUUUCUCAUCUGGCUCUGGGUGCCAACCCCCUGUAUUGUAACUGUGAACUGCGCUGGCUGUCCCAGUGGGUGAAGGCUGGCUUCAAGGAGCCUGGCAUCGCCCGCUGUACUGGACCACCUGACAUGGCCGACCGCCUGCUGCUCACCACGCCCCUCAACCGCUUCCAGUGCAAAGGUCCAGUGGAUCUGAAUCUGAUGUCAAAGUGUGCCCCCUGUCUUGCUGGCCCCUGUCUGAACAAUGGCACAUGUACCAGCGAUGUUAGUGGCUCCUACCACUGCACCUGUCUCUUUGGCUACAAAGGACAGAACUGUGAGAUAGCCGUCAACGCCUGCAUCAGUUUCCCCUGUGCCAACGGAGGGACCUGCCACCUGAUGCCAGACCAAGUGGAACAGUUUAGCUGUACGUGUCCACCCGGCUACGAGGGUCUACAGUGUGAGGUGAACCCAGAUGACUGUGAGGACAACGACUGUGAGAACAAUUCCACCUGUGUGGACGGUAUCAACAACUACACCUGCGUCUGCCUCCCCAACUACACAGCUGACAGAUAUGAUAUGGGAAAAGGGGACCUAUGUGAGGAGGUGGUGGACCACUGUAUGCAAGGCUUCGACCCCUGCCAGCAUGACUCCAAGUGCAUCCCCCUCACCAAAGGCUUCAGGUGUGAGUGCUUGCCCGGCUACGUGGGCCAGCACUGUGAGCAGGACUUCAACGACUGUCUGGAGAACAAGUGUCAGCACGGGGCCGAGUGUGUGGACGCUGUCAACGGGUACACCUGCGUGUGUAAGGAGGGCUUUAAUGGUCUAUUCUGCGAGAACCCUCCCCCUAUGAUCCUGCUGCAGACCAGCCCAUGUGACCAGUCAGAGUGUCAGAAUGGUGCCCAGUGUCUAGUGGUGGAAGGGGAGCCUGUGUGCCGCUGCCUGCCAGGCUUCACUGGAAACAAGUGCCACAAGAUCGUCACCGUCCACCUGCUGGGCAAAGAGGCCUACCUGGAGUUGCCCAGUGCCAAGAUACGCAACUCUGCCCACAUCUCCCUACAGGUGGCUACAGAUAAGGACAACGGUAUCCUGCUCUACAAGGAGGACCAUGAUCCUCUAGCUCUGGAGCUGUACCAGGGACACAUACGCAUCAUCUACGACAUCGCUAACUACCCCCCGACCACCAUCUACAGUGUUGAGUCUGUGAGUGACGGUCUAUUCCACACGGUGGAGCUCCUGAUUCAGAACCACUCUCUGAGCCUGGUGGUGGACAAGGGAGCCCCCAAGAGCCUGGGCAAGCUGCCCCGCCAGCCCUCAGUCGACUACAACACACAGCUCUACAUAGGAGGUGUGCCCACAGCGGUAAUGGCGUCCGGCCUGCGUUCAGGUCCCGACCGCAGCCCCCAGGCCUUCAACGGCUGCAUCCACAACGUCAGGAUCAACGGAGAGCUCCAGGAUCUGGGGGCAGCGCCGCGUGGGAUGGAGGGCAUCCUGCCAGGCUGCCACUCUUGCAGCGUGUGUGCCCAGGGGGCCUGCAGACAGAGGGGGGAGACGGGUGUGUCCUGUGAGUGCCCACCCAGCCGCAGCGGACCCCUCUGUGACCAGAAGACCGCCCCUAGCCCCUGUCAGAGCAGCAGGUGUGUCCAUGGGCUGUGUGUGCCUAAGGCGUCGUCCUACAUUUGUCAUUGUGCUGAGGGCUACACAGGGCAGUACUGUGACAGGAGAGAGGAGCCCCAAGCUUGUAGGGGACACCAGUGUGGACACGGGGAGUGUAGGGUCACAGAGAGCGGGGAGCCCUCCUGCCAUUGCCAGCCGGGCUACACUGGCCCUACCUGUGACGCAGAACCGGCGUGCCAGGGAGAGGUGGUGCGUGAGCUGCUGAAGCGCCACCAGCCCAUGAAGACGUGCACCUCCACCAGUAAGAUCCCCCGGGUGGAGUGUCCCCGCGCCUGUGACGGAGGCUUCUGCUGCGCCCCAUCCAAGAGCCGGAGGCGGAAAGUGGUCUUCAAGUGUACCGACGGGACCUCGUACUCUGAGGACAUGGAGACCACCCUGGAGUGUGGCUGUGCCAAGUGCCCGUUGUAAUAUCAUGUCAUCGCCAUGGAAACAACCACAAACAAAACAAGGGACCUGCUGCCAGAGGGCAAAAAGAAAAUAUAUUGUAAAAUAAAACAUAGAACUUAUUUUUAUUAUGGGAUUUUUUUUUUUUAAAGAAGAGACUUGAUAAUUGUUUUUAAUAUGUCGAAUAUUAUUGUCAUAUGAGAAGUUAUUUUGUACCUUAAGAAAAAGAAAAAAAAAAUGAUUAACAUUCCUGAAAGUAUAUGAAUUUAUAUGUAUGUAUAAAUCUAUAUAAAUGUAUAACCUAACCCAUGGUUUUUAUUUGCUCAGUGUAUUAUUGCAUGUGUGUGUACGUGUUGAUACGGUAGGGGAGUCUUUGGACACUUUAAAUGUGGAGCGAGACAGUGAGACAUCGAGUUGUACAAAAAGGCUGCGAAGGGAAGGAGGAGUUGGUGCUGAAGCUCCCCAGACAUAAAAAAGAGGAAGGCAGUCUUUGUCUCAUCUUCAGCUAUGGAGGCAAACAAAGGAACUGUCCCACUUUGCUCCCCAGCUUUAUAAUGGACUUCAUCCCCACCCCAGAGCUAGCUGAGCUCACUCUAAAGGAUAUGAACUCUUAUCCAUGGAGCUUGCAAACAGUGAUCGUUACUUUGUGCCAUAGGAAACCCCUUUACAUUGUUGUUGUUGAUUUGUAUUUGUUUGCUGUUUCACAUGAGAGAUUCUAGAGUACAAAAGAAGUUCAAAAUACAUAUUUGUGGUUGAAAAUACAUAUUCUCAAUGGCUUGUGCUCACUUGGAUGGGCCAAGAUGGCUUCUAUAGAUUUCUUCUAGACAGAGUCUGUAAGCCAGUGAAGUUCUCCUGAGAUUCUUUAACGUGUUUGUUUCUUGCAUGAUUGCAUGUGAGCAACUGACAGUCCAAGGCAGAAUGUGAACUUUCUUUAUGAUACGGCAACGGAAUAACCCUGCUGCCAUUAUAAGAUGGUUCCACUCAUAUAAAUAUAGUCUAGAUUAUAUUUCUAUGGGUUCCAAUCAUGCAGUUUGUCCUGGUGAUCUGGAGUCAUUCAGCAAGAUAACUUGGUGUUCCAGAAUCCUCCGAAGGAGAACUUGUUGUGUCUGUGGUCACAGCUCAGAUGGAAAAGGACUUUAUAAUGCCUGGCCUACCCUGGCCUGGGAAAUCAUUGUUGGACUCAAAUCAUAACCGUCCAUUACUACUAACACUAUUAAAUGCAUAGAUGAAGCCCAUAACUACUGUAUUGUUUACUUUAUAAACAUUUGUUUACCACAGGAUUUGAGGUAUCAUCACAGUCGUCCCCGUCAGUCAAAAAAGUAUUUGGUAACACUUGAAUUCUAUAUUAUUUCACUACCACACAUUGAUACUGUUAUAAAGUGCAGUACAUGUCAAAUAAAGUGUUACCAAAUAUUCCUUCCAUUGAGAGUUUGGCAGUGAUCAAGUUCAUUACACCCUUUACCCCCAGUCCCUCAUGCUAACUACUCCAAUACCCCCAUGCCUCAAAACAUUAAAUUAAAUGAUUCUGUAUGUAUGGAAAGUGUAGGCUCUACAAUGUAAAUUAUCUUAUGUGAGAUGCCUUAUAUUCAGUAAUAAUAAUAAUGACUAUAAUGUUGGCAUACUAUAAGGUGCAUCCUCCAGACAUAGAUUUAUUUCUGGUAAAACAUGAACUUCUGAGUGAUGCAUAAUUAUGUUGAAAUUAAACUACCAUGAAACUAGCGUCUAUGUUUGAGUUGAUAUUAGACUGUCUGGCCAGACUGCAUGCUCUUGACAUUGGAGAAAUGCAGUGGCGUGUAUUCAUGGAUGCUAAGGGAAGUCAGGCUUCCCCUAAAAAUGUACCUUGAACAAAACAUAUAAAAUCAAUUAUAUUUUGUC